AUGGAUGUUCCUAACAUGCCUUGUUUCUUCAUUUACCCAGAGCUGCCAAAGGCUGUGCUGACCAGCAGUCCUCAAUGGGGAGAGCUGUACACUGGAGAGACUGUCAUCCUGAGCUGUGGGGUUGAGGGGGGUUUCACUGGCUGGAAAUAUCUCUGGUACAAGAGGAGUCAGGGAGGCACAGUGCAGAUCAGAGACACCACUGGAGCCAGAUACACACUCAGCUCUGUCACUCAGUCCCAUAGUGGACAGUACCAGUGUGAGGCACAAAGAAGAUAUCGACCACGUUCCUCUCAGCGCAGUGAUCCUGUUACACUGACUGUGUCUGAGCUGCCAAAGGCUGUGCUGACCAGCAGUCUUCAAUGGAGAAACCUGUACACUGGAGAGACUGUCACCCUGAGCUGUGAGGUUGAGGGGAGUUUCACUGGAUGGCGAUAUCUCUGGUACAAGAGCAGUCAGGGAGGCACAGUGAAGAUCAGAGACACCACUGGAGCCAGUUUCACACUCAGCCCUGUCACUCAGUCUCAUAGUGGAGAGUAUCUGUGUGAGGCACAAAGAGGAGAUCGACCACGUUCCUCUCAGCGCAGUGAUCCUGUUACACUGGCUGUGUCUGAUGAAGACGUGAUCCUGCAGACUCCCCUCCAGGCUGUGAUUGAGGGAGACUCUCUGACUCUGAGGUGUCGUGUCCGCACAAAUUAUACAUUUACCAGGAUUGUCUUUUUUAAAGAUAAUGAAGAGAUUCAGUCCCCGAAUAACACAGAGCUGAGUGUGGAUUGUGUUUCAAAGAGUGACGAGGGGUCCUACAAGUGCAGAGCGAUGUGGAACUCCUCCACUUACUCUGGUGACUCUGCAGAGGUGCGGGUGUCAGUGAGAGAGCUGUUCUCCUGGGUGACUCUGACAGCCUCUCCAGGAGCCACAGUGAAGGAGGGAGAGGCUCUUAACCUGACCUGUGAGGCAGCAGUGAACAAAACCCCCCGCCCUGAACUCCACUACACCAUUGUGAGAGACGGGGAGCCUGUGACUAACAGCACUGACUCUGCACUGUACAGCAUAGCCAGCACUGAGAAGAGCCACACUGGGAGCUACACGUGUGCUGUGGAGUCACAGGGAGUGAAGAAGAGCAGCCAGGAGCUACACAUUGAAGUGCAAACGUCCUGGCACAGCGCUGUUGCUAUUGGCUACAGAGUGAGCUUCACUCUGAUUCAUUUCAUUGUGUUCACUCUGCUGCUCCUUCAAUACUGCAGGAUCCAAGGUUCCCUGUGUAUUGCUGGUGGUACAUCACGGAAAACCUCGGAUCAGGAUCAGGAGCAGUCAGCAGAGGGGAUUGAGCUCUGCAGCCGUGUGCAGCACACUGGAGUGGAACUGGAAUAGUAUUGCACUGUCGUACUGAAGAUCAGCCUGACUGUCAUGUUUUAGAAGUACUGUGAAUAUCUGUUCAAACUGCGGCUGUAGUUUACAGAAAAUGACCAUUGACUGGGGUAUUUUCUAAGACCUCAAAACAAAUGGAUUAUUCAUUGAUUGUUUGAUUGAAUUCAUUUAUUUAAUAGAUUGCUUGAUUGCACAGUUUAACUUUAAGUGCAUUACUGAAUAAUGUAUGUAUUCAUAAGCUAUCCUUUAGUCAAUAAACUGCUUUAUUCUA